UUGUUGGUCAGGAAACGUGAAAUUUUAGGGCACUAGUGUGACUGGAGAAGCGGAUUUUAAGGUUUGUGUUGAGCCCUGAAAACGACACGAUGAGUUAUUUUUUACGCCAUGACCCAUUUUUCAUAUCAUGCCGUCAUAGAAUGUUGACAUCAUCACAGCAUCAGGGUGUACCAAAUACGCUUCCAUAGAUUUCUGAUUCUAAAACGUGAUCAUGUUAACAUCUUUACUAAAGCUCCAUCGCUGCAAAAGCUAAGCAUCUUGUUAGGACAAAGCCGUUUUCAGCGUAGAUUUUGUGUAACAAGAAAUAAGCACUUGUUUAUCAUUUUAAGUAAAUUCUUUAAAAGUAGGCAGCAAACAGAUUGGCCCUAAGUAGUUUCUUUAAGAGAAGGCAGCAAACAGAUUGACACUUCAUACAUCUUGAGAUGUACUUGUUUUGUCAUACACUUUCGUGUAUAAUUUCGUGAAAUCGUGAUAAUUUAAUUGCAUAGUGUUGAUGUUCCGCCCAAAACAAAAAUGUUCUGCAGUCUGGGAAUUACCUUUGACUAACUGAAGAUUUGCGGCACUCAAACUUCCCGGAAUGCCAUUUAAAUUGAAGAGCGGGAUGUAAGAUGCUACUUUAAAUAAUAAUUUUUAUAGGCGACAAAAAUCCCGUUUUAUUAUCAUUACGCGCGCCUGAUCUUCGUUUAACGAGAUCUCAUCAAAUAGAACAAUAUCACUUAAAUAAACAUUACAGACGCGUUCAACUUUUGUGAUAAGGCGUUAAAUUUACGAGGCAACAUAAGCCGUUUGUUCGCGUGUUACUUUUAUGUUAGUUUAGUAAGUAAAUUUACAUUAUCCUAUCGACCCACUUGUUAUGAAUGCACCAAAUAUCGCCAUGCCGCUUGCUUAAACAAAUACACCUUGAGAAAAUUGUUGUGUUAAAUAGACGGGGACACAGUGUGCAUUAACUGAGCGUGGGAUACCUUGAAACAGUUCAGUGCUUUACCGCAAAUAGGCGGGCACGGUUGUGAAUUUGUGGAUUGUAAAUAGAACCGUUUACCUUACAGAAUGAGCUGUCGGUGAUACUGUGUGUCUGACGACAAUAGAAUCGGGGGACAAUGAGCAACACAGUGAAUUAUUCGAAGAAAAAGGAAGAGACUAACUUCCAAGCCGCGGAAGAACACCACGCUGCUGGAAAGAAGCAAAAGACAAGAAAAGAACGUAAAGGAGAUGGGUUAAUAAAAGGUCAGGCAGACGACAGAGAAUACCUGUCCUGGUUUCAAAGGAACCGUCGCCUGGUGAUAAUCGUUGCCAUAGUUACCGUCCUCAUAAUUGCUGCAAUAGUUGCCAUCGUCGUGGCCUUAUUAGUCGCAGGUUCCAAAUCAGAUUCGCCGGACAGCUCUCAGCCAGUUCGAACCCUUUCCGACUGCCCAAAUAUUGAAGACAAGGAACGCAAUAGCAUCGUGAUCGGGUCCAUGUGCUAUCACUACGUGGAUUCAACGACAACCAGGGUCACCUACGACGAGGCCCAGGCGGACUGCAAAACAAGGAGUAGCAAUCUGAUGACGAUUGCGGACAACUCCACGCAGACGACACUAGUGACGAAACUAACCGACCUCUCGGAUUAUCACACGAUACUUCUCGGUCUUAAGAAGUACGAGAACGCCUGGCGAUGGAUCACAGGAAAGCCGUUAACAUACGUUAAUUGGAACCCAAAGUCGAACACUUCCGGAGAUUGCGCGGCCAUGCGCCUGGACAAAGGCGGCUUGUGGGAACCAGUCGGAUGCGGAAAGACGGACUGGUACACUGUGUACGUGUGUGAAUACACUCCGAGCGGAAGUUCAAGUGGACACUUAACUACGUUCAGUAUUCUCAUGCACGUUGCGAUCUCACUAUUGAUAACACUUAGUAGAGUGUAGCCGACUGAUGGCGGUUAGCCUACUAAGAUGGAAAGUGUCGUCCCACAGAGGUGCCAAAAGAAAGAAAUGAGGCUAAAAUGAUAUGGCUGAGGCAGCACUCCAUCGACGCUUUAGAUGAGAACAGCCAAUAGAACAUAGACAUCAGGGACUAACAUUACUGAUCAUUCAUUUGUCCAUGUAUAUUCUUUGUUGAAUGUUUAAGUUGUUUGUAUACAACUUUAUGAUAGUAUUGAUUAUAUUAGUUGAUUUACGGCUUGAAUGUUGCAUUUAUAAGGAAUUAAAAUGGGACAUUUUUCCGUUUUAAAAACGGAAACAUAUUUCGUUGCUAUGGAUCUUUAAAAUAUGAUAGUGUAGAGUAUACCUAUAUGAUGUAACUACUGAUAAAAUAGUGUUUUGAUUUCAAACGAUGUUGACAUAUGCUACAUAAUGUAUGGUGUGUCAUUUUGUUUAACAGUUUUCAAGCUUGUAUCUACAAAGCAUACUUUUUCUCGAAUUAAAUAUAUGUUAAUCUAAUACUGUACAAAUAGUGUGCGCUUGUCUAAAAAUGCGCUAUUGUUCACCUUCCCAUAUGGAAACAUAUAAUUAUGUAUACUUUUGGAUAAAAAAAGAGAUAGCCUUACAACAUUAUUGUCCAUUUAAAAACUUAUAUAUUCGUGUGUCUUUUUUGCAGUUCGAUGCAAAGACAAAAUACAGCAUGCGUUUAUCGAUUUUACUCGGAUAAAUGACUUGUAAAAAUUAAUAUUACUAUGUAAGUGUUCACAGCAUAUUUUAUGAAAUUAAUGAAGAAGAAAGCAACAGCAAACAAAUUAGGACACAUAUAUAGGUUAGAUUAUCCAAAUGAUCUGAAUUUUAUUAUUAUUUUGAUAUUUAAGAUCCAGAUGUUCAUUUCAUUAUGUGUACCGGGGUAUUCAAUGUACGGCUUUUAACUUUAGAUAUGCAAUUACUUGUACAUUCUGAAUUUUUCAAUUUUUCAUUUCUUAUUAGAUGCUUAAUAGCAUGAGAAAUUUCAAAUUGUUUCUUAACCGCUAUUUUAAUUUUGAUCAACGAAAAAAGAAACCUUAAUGAAAUAUGAUAUGGUUAAUACAAUUUGCAUGGCGCGUGCUACUAAUAUUAAUAGGUGUUUGCAAUAUCAACUAAUAUGACAAACUAAACGUAUCAGUGAAUAUGAAAUUUCCUUCAGUUUUUCAAUCUUUUGCGUUCAGACCAUGAAUGUAUACAAUGACUUGAAUAUGCAAAAGUUUGAUUAACAUAAAUUGGAGUCGUGUUCUGAGAAAAUUGGGCAUAAUGCAUGUGCGUAAAGUGUCGUCCCAGAUUAGCCUGUGCAGUCCACACAGGCUAAUCAGGGGCGACACUUUCCACCCAAAUUGGAUUUUUGCUAAGAAAAGACUUUAUUUAAACGAAAAAUGUUUCGGACUGCACAGACUAAUCUGGGACGACAUUUUACGCACAUGCAUUAAGCCCAGUUUUCUCAGAACACGACCCAUAUUAUUCGUUUCCAUUUGGUGCUCUAUCGCGUUUGAUAAGCGGGUAUGUUUUCGUCAAUGUGCAUGCAUCCCAAAUGCGUGUAUAUGCCGUCUGCACAGAAUAAUAACGGGAUGACAUUUACCGCUUUCAUUGUAUUUUUCGUAUAAACGAAUCUUUUGUGCGUCUGAAAAAUUCACUUUAGACGGAAAGGGUCGUCCCUUAUCAGCCUGUGCGGGCACAUGCAGAAAGCCCCUUGUCCCAUAGCGCGAUUAAUUUGUAAAUUGUUAAAUAUCAGCAUCAGAAAUUUUCAUCAUCACCCGGGACGAAUAUGUGUAUAAAGCAACUAUGUUUAUUUAUGUGUUAUGUAUUUUCAUGUUAUUAUAACCUUAUACUUAUUUGCAUUUAAAUACACGUAUAAAGUAUA